CACUGGCCCUUGUCGGGUUGCUACGGCGCAGCUGCCAAGGUUAGGUAUUUGGGGCUGGGCGAAGGAAGGGGACUGUGGGCUCAGAGCGCCGGGAAACGGCUCAAUGUUCACGAAAGGUGGAACGUGGGGGCUCACGUGUUGCUGCCACAGCAACGGUAAAACGGAAGUCGUGCUCCCGCGCAGCCCGGCGCCCGGGCGGAAACAACUUUCUUCCCGGAGCUGCGGCCCAGAGCUUCGCGCCUGGGCGGCCUCGGGCUUGGCUGCCGGGAGCUACGGGAGCACCCUCCGCGGGUAAGAGGGAGGAGGGGAACUUGGCGCGUACCUCCCGCCGCGCGGGAGAGCUGGAGCGCACCGCCGGCCUUGCCGCAACGGUUGUGUUAAUGCCUCGGAGCAGCCUCGGUCUCCCGAAGGAAAGGUAUUGAUGUUGAGUGUGCCUUUUUAGCAUAUAAAAAUGGCUGUAUCCAAAAACGCCAUCCCCUCCCUGUCGGAAUGCCUGUGCCGCAUCUGUGUGGAAAUCCUAAUCGAGCCCGUAACACUGCCUUGUAAUCACACGAUCUGUAACCCAUGCUUCCAAUCGACUGUCGAAAAAGCAAGUUUAUGCUGUCCCUUCUGUCGCCGCCGGGUCUCUUCGUGGACCCGAUACCACACCCGAAGAAAUUCUCUUGUCAACAUGGAACUGUGGGAAUUAAUCCAAAAACACUAUCCAAAGGAAUGCAAGCUUAGAGUCUCUGGGCAGGAAUCAGAGGAAAUAGUUGAUGACUGUCAGCCAGUUCGCUUAUUGAGCAAGCCCGGGGAAUUGAGAAGAGAAUAUGAGGAGGAGAUAAGCAAGGUGGAGGCAGAGCGACGAGCCUGUGAGGAGGAAGAAAAUAAAGCCAGUGAAGAAUACAUACAGAGAUUAUUAGCAGAGGAGGAAGAGGAGGAAAAACUACAGGCAGAAAAAAGGCGAAGAGAGAUGGAAGAACAACUGAAAAGUGAUGAAGAACUAGCAAGAAAACUAAGCAUUAAUAUUAACAAUUUUGGUGAUGGAAGUGUCUUGGCUUCUCCCUUGAAUUCCAGAAAAUCUGAUACAGUCACAACCAAGUCUCAAAAGAAAAGUAAGAACAAACAAACAAACACUGGAGAUAUUCAUAAGUAUUUGUCACCUAAAUCUCAGCUCGGGUCAGCAUCACAGUCUGAAAUUGUACAAGGAAGCCCAAAGAACUGUAUGUCUAAGAAAACUGAUAGUAGUGUUAUAGAGAGCCCUACAUGGCAAGAUACAGAAAUUGAGGAAGAUAUGCCAACACUUUCUCCACAAAUAAGCAUGGAAAUUCAAGAACAAGGUGAAAAGUCUUCAGAGUCACCUAUGCCUCAGUUAUGUGCCAGUGGCAGAGAAUGGUGCCUUGAAGGAAAAAUCAAAAUGAGACCAACCAAUCAUGAUAAAGAGUUAUGUGUCCUAAAUCAUGAAGGACCUGAAGCCAGAGUUCCCUGCUCUGGAGAAGCUGCAGCUAAGCCUUAUGGCAAAACCGAGAGUGGGUACACUAUAUCAGGUAUGACACAGAUAACUAGAAGUAAUACAGUUGAGACAGAAAAUGAAGAGUCUUGCCUACUGAUCAGUAAGGAUAUUUCCAAAAGAAAAAACCCAGAAUCUUUGUCUGAAGCAGUCAGGGAUCCGUGCGUUUCUGCAAAAAGAAGGAAAACAUUACCCAAAGCUUCCUCAGACCAAGAGGAAGCAGAAAUCAACUUUACCCAAAAACUGAUAGAUUUGGAACGCUUACUUUUUGAGAGACAUAAACAAGAAGAAGAGGACAGGUUAUUAGCGUUACAGCUUCAGAAAGAAGUAGAUAAAGAACAGAAGAAGCCAAACCGGCAGAAAGGAUCCCCAGAUGAGUAUCAUUUACGUCCUACGUCGUCACCUCCAGACAGAUUGCUAAAUAGACAGAGGAAGAAUUCCAAAGACAGGAACUUCAAAAGACAGACUGAUACAGAGCAUUCCAAAUCUCGGAGAGGCUCGAAAAAUGAAAAUUGGCAGCCGUCUUUUAAGAUCCAGUUGAAACAUUCAGUUAAUGUUAAUGGGAGAAAGAUGCCAAAUUCUUCUAGAGAUAAUAGUAAUGUAUCUAAAAGCACUAAUUCCCUACAGCCUAGUAAGUCACAGAAAAGUAUUUUUCAGAUGUUUCAGAGGUAUACAAAGUAAUGCAUGGGGAGAAGGAGGGUUUUAUAAUCUAGCAAAUGGAUGGAUUAUGAAGCCUUUUUUCAUAUAGAGACUCUUUGUAAUGGUCACACCCAUUGUCUAUAAAGGAUGGCGUGAUUAUGAGGGAGGAAUAUAUAAAUGUGUUUCUGCCAAACUCUAUGGUAAGCAGGAGUCCCAAUCCUUUGCUUUUUUAAUAACUGUGAUAUACUAAGUUUGACAAUCCUUAUGGGUAUAAGAAUGCCUUGGUGAGCUCCGAAGAAAUCUUCAAGUGCCAUUCUGUUUCCCAGAAAUGCAUGUUUUACAAAAGCCUUUACUUCCCUUCAUGUCUUAACUAGUAAUCAAAGUGAGAUGAUACAUACCAAGUAGUUAGGAACCCAGCAGGGUAAGUUCUCUUGCUACUUCCCAUAUAUUUGCAGAGCACUUGAAAUGCAUCUCCCAUAACACUAAAGGAAUCUAGUUUUCAUCUCCACUUGAAUUAUUUUAACCAUUAUAGCAUUUUCUUCAAUUUAAAAUGGUUUGUGAUCAAUGUGAAAUCAGAAAAAUCAGAGUUUCCUGGAGAAUUAGGAAUUAGUUGACAGAAAGGAAACUAGGCUUUUGAUGCGAAGGGAGUUGAAGAGUUGGGGUGCGGCUCAGUGGAGCAGAUUGACUGUUUGAAAGCGUUGGAACAGAAUGAGUGACCAGAAGCUGGGCCUGGGAUGGAGUAGCAGGUGACGUUUGUUAGAGGGUUCUCCCUCCUCCUUUCUUUGCUAAAUGACAUGGAUAACAUUGGGGUAUUAUAGCUUUUCACACCAUAGUAUCUGGUGUCAAAAUCAAAAUCAAUUGCUAAAUUGCCUGAAAUUUAGGAAUGUCACCUUUUUAUUAAUCUGCUAUUCCGGGGGUGGGGUGGGACUUUACUGUUGGAGAGUUAAAUAUCAUAAUAUCUCAUAAUAUCUUUUGUUGUGGGACCUGAGAUAUAACCAUGUGUUUAUUUCCUUAUAUUAUCAUUUGUAUUGAUGCUGACUUUUAUAUGUGUUUAUGGACAGAAAAAGAAAGUCUGAUACUUGGGUUUUGCCGUCUUACCCUUGAAAGUUAAAUCAGAAGGCAGUGAUUUCAUUUUGUGAAAUUUAACUUACGGACCAUUAAUCUUUACAACUUCAAGCAAAUAGCAGUUUUAACAGCAUUUCUGCUGAUCUCUAGUUGUCCAUCCUUUUGAAGUAAAAAUAAAACAUCCUAGAGCUAAUUCUAGCUUAAAUUUGUCAAUAUUUUUGCACAUUAUUAAGAUUUUUUCUCCAAAUUUUGUAACUAAAAUUCUGUUAAUCUUUGCAUACUUAGUGGCAUCUAUUUCAAUAUUGAUUGGGUAAUUAUGGGUAGAAUUCUGAUGCUAAUUUAAAAUUUAGUUUGCUCUUUCUCAAAAAAAGAAAAAAGUGUUUGCCCUCUGAGUAAUGAUUGUGCUAAAAUGAAGUCUAGUCAGAAACUAACCAAAUUUCUCCAAAAUAUGAUAAAAUCUGUCUUUUCAUCAAAUCAGUAUUUUUCUAAGAGCAAUUUCACUUAACAUUUUAGGGUAGACACUGUUGGAACUCCUCAAAAGUUGUGUAAUUAAAUUUUCCUGUAAUAGUCCAUGACCAAAAAGGGGGAAAAUAGUGUGACAUAUAUAGGAUUUCUGCAUUUAACCACUCAUUUGUGAAGACGUCUUCCUGACCUUAAGAUAAAUUUUAAUUUCUCUAUUAGUUUUUCUGAUAGUCCUACCUUAUAUGUCUUUUCAUUAGAAACGAAUAAAUGUUUUGUGUCAGUCAUUAGAGUGUAUUGCUACUUUUUCCUCUCAUUUUUGUGGAGGGAUAGGAGAAUAUUGAACUCAGGGAGCACUAGAACUAUACAGAGGUUGAGAAUCUGAAAAUUAAAAUAAUAAAAAUUAAGACUAUUAUAUGUAUUUUACCACAAUUAAAAAAUAAAAAUUAACUACCUAAGAUUAAAAA